AUGCUGAGCGAGAGCUGUAAAAUUUACCUAGGCUGGUUUGUGGCCCUUGCGUCGGUGCUGUGGGUGGGCAUCAGCCGACGCCUCAUCGCCUGGACCGGCACCCUCGUCAUUUCGGCCUACUUGGCCAUCUGGGGCGCGGCCUUUUCCAGCAGCCGGAGGGCGGCCAACUUCAUCCCGAAUCUGAGCAAGAGGGCUACGUUUAUUACAGGAUGCGACACUGGAUUUGGUUUCAAACUGGCCCUGUAUCUCAACUCGAUGGGAAUCCCCGUGUAUGCAGGCGUGCUGAACCAGGACUCGGACGGCGCCGAGCAAUUAAGAACAAAAGGGUGCAAAGUCAUCGAAAUCAACAUCACAAAUCAGAAAUCUAUCGAUGAAGCUGUGGAGUUCAUAAAAUUCGACUUGGGAGACGACAAAAAGCUUCACGCGCUGGUGAAUAAUGCAGGCAUCGCGGAGUACGGCCAAGUUGAGUGGACGAGCAUAGAAACUUUUUACAAAGUGCUUGAAGUCAACACUUUCGGCACAAUCAGAGUGACGAAAGCCUUUUUACCUUUGCUCCGCUUGAAGAGAGGCUCGCGAGUCGUUUUCACCGCUUCAGUGGCUGGCAGAUACUCUUUGCCUGGAUUUUCAGCGUACAGCAUGUCGAAGCAUGCCAUUAUUUCAUUUGCAGACGUCUUGAGAAAGGAAAUGAAACCGUUCAAAAUUUCUGUGCACACUAUUCAACCCACGGCGUACAUGACUCCGCUAAGUUCGGCUGAAAAUAUUGGAAACUCGCUUCAGUCGCACUGGGAUAAAACUGAGCCAGAAGUAAAAAAAUCUUACGGAGAAAAUUAUUUCCAAACUUUUAAGACGCUUUACCUGAAAGCCGGAAAGAAAUUAUCUAGGACUAACACGAGUGAGGUUGUCGACGACAUGGUGGACGCAAUACUCAGUAAAGAGCCAAAGAUAACCUACAUUCCGUCUCUGAGCACUAAAUUCAUGGUGCAUUUGUUGACGUCGAUACCAACGGAAUGGCAGGACAGAAUUAUGAGCAAGAGCAUACCAGACGUUCCCCCCGCAGGCUUGGCAGAGAUUUCUAGUGCUCAUUUUGCUGACCAAGACACAGAGGUGUUUGUGUAGCUAACUAUCGUUGUGGAGAAACAAUAAAGAGCUGAUGUAUCAAU